AGCGCUUCCGGGUCUGUGCUCUGCCUGCCUUUGUAUGUGUGUGUGUGUGCGGUUUGUUUGGGUGUCACCACAGGGUGCCGUCAGCACAUAACUCCUUCUAAUAGUCCCUACCUCUAUCUGUUUCAAACACUCCGGGUCCCAAGAUGGACUUUCCCUUGUCCUCUGACAUCACCCGCGUGACUUCAAAACAAACCAGACGGGUUUCGUCCCCGUGAUUUCCACCGGUAGAGACACCUGUUGCACCAGUUCCGCGUUCAGGAGAGGAAGGCGGACUACUACUACUGCUGCUCGGCGGGACAGGUGCACCUCUCGUCCCCCAACCCCCCGGACGGCUUUGGAUUGUACGCUGUCAACGUGUUAAUAGGAAUAUAUAUUGGACUUUUAUUGUGAAGCGCCAUGAAAGUGACGGUAACUUUCGGAGACACGGCGGUCGUUGUCCCGUGCAAGGAUGGCUGGACGGUGCGGGAUGUGACCGAUCAAGCCACGCGCAGAUACCGGAAGAUCUUAGAGAAGGCUCAGCAUUUGGAGUAUGUGGUCAGGAUCCAUCACGUGGAGUACGAUGAGGGCGGGAUCCUGGACAUGGACGACCCAAUCACAGACCUGUUGGAGGACAAGGACCGGCUGGUGGCUGUGUUUGAGGAGGAGCCGCGAGGCAGGGGCCUCCAGUCCCGAAGGCAGCGUCGCCUCCAAUGGCACGCUAGUCCCGCCCCGUUCCUGGAGCCCCUCCAAUACAACUCGCACUCAUGCCGCAGCAGCCAAUCAGAGCGGAGAUCGAGGUCAACGAAGCCGUGCUCAAAAGCAACACUCCUCUUCUGGUGAGGAGCAGCAGUGACUCAGCAUUGGCUCCGCCUCUGGAAGUGAUGGCCCCGCCCCCACAUGAAGACCUCGGAGCACCUGACGCGGUAGGAGCCUUUUUGUUUUGACAUUUUCCCGCAAUAUUCUGAAUUUCAGUUGGUCGUU